GUACAAACGGCAGGGCGUUUAUGUCAAAACAACGCAAAAGUUAAAAAGAGGACGAUAAAAUGAAAAAUUAUCAAAAUAUGAGAUGACGAUAGCAAUUUGGGUGCGCUGAAGUCAGACUUCCGUAGUGGACAAUCUCUGUGGAACGCGAUGAACAACUUGAAAGCACCGUCCCUUCACUCAUUACUCGAUUCGGACCACGGUUCGAACGAUAGCCUUCUGGCGGAAUCGUUACAACUGGAUAUAGAGGAGCUCGACGAUGAAGAGUACUCGAUUCCGGCAAUUGAUCAUCUACCUACGCUGGAAAGUGUGCUGAGCGAAAUCGAUAGUGACCUGGAUAGUGCAUCGGCUCUUGGGAGAUGUGCGGUGGAAAAUGGAUCUACCGCGUCCGGUAUGACGAACGGUCGCGGCACAGAAAUGGGUUCAACCCCUACCCCUUCGGUAGCUGGUAGCGAUUUCAUGCGGCUGGAAUCGAUUUUACGCCAUGUGGUGCUCCAGGGUGUGACAGCACAGGUAACCUCGGCGGUUGAUAGGGUGGACGCGGGAUUGGCGACUUCGUGUACGGUUUCACAGAUGAUUGCCGUGGGCACAUCGCAUGGUCACAUCUUGGCGUUCGAUUGUACGCAAACUUUGAAAUGGUGCUGCCAGGAUGGUGUGGCUCAGGGUGCGGUUUCAGCGCUAGCUUUCAACGAUGAUAACACAAGGCUGCUGGCGGGAUUCGCCAGGGGAGGAAUAUUGAUGCUUGAUACGUUUACCGGUGAUGUGAUCCGAACGCUGAACGAAGUUAUUACUCCGAACACUGGCGUACUGCACUUGAAGUGGAGCAAUCGACCAGCACUGGCCCUAUGUUCGGAUUCCGGGGGAUCGGUGUGGAGUUUGAGUUUUACCAGACGACUGGGAAUUCGCGGAUGCGAUUCCCGUUGUCUUUUCAGUGGAGCACGGGGAGAGGUUUGCACGAUAGAACCACUUUUGCUGGGAGACGAAGAACAUCCACUGAAGAAUUAUACACUCGUUGCACUGGCCACAUUGAGUAAGUUUUUUGUGGUUAUGAUUCGUCCUAGACUGAGAGUUAUUAAAUUCCAUCCAAUGGCGGGCUACCCAAACUGUUUGCCAUUGCUGAGUUGGCAGAUGGUGCUGAUACAAGCAUCUGACUCUUCGCGUAGUAUUGAUCCGGUUCUCGCUGCGGCUCGUGGCGCCGAUUUAUUCUUCCAUCAGAUAAGCUACAGCAGUGGACGGAUUUCGUUGAUCUUUCUAAGGCACAUUCAACUUGAGUAUAAUUUACUGGCAUUGCACUGGUUGGGUCCGAAAACGAUUGCCUGUUUGGACACGCUGGAAGUGUUGCAUCUGUCAGAUGUGCGAACCAACAAAGAGCUGGAGUCAAUCGAUUUGUCCAACGUUGGAUUGAUGUACAAUUCGGCUCAGUUUAAGGCGCUGGCUACGGGCGGGAAUGUAUCCCCGGCACUGGCUCUGGCAGGGAGUUCCGCCUGUUAUAACACUGUAGUUUCCCACGGUAAUCAGCUUUACUUGUUGGCCGGUAAAGGUUUACACGGCGUUAGUGCGAGAGCUUGGAGCGAUCGCAUAUCGUAUCUAUGUUCGAUGCAGCGAUGGGAUGAAGCGAUUGAGCUGGCGGUGGAAGGUUACAGGGCGGCGUCCGGAAGACAUCGGAGACUGGCGGUGGCCAAGGAACGGAUUUUGAGAAUGUUCGAUGAGUAUUUGAACGCUACCAGGAAGACUCCCGAGGUGUGUCUGGAGCCGAUGAUAGCGUGUUUGGUUGAGAUCAAUGAAAAAAAUCUCCUCUGGCAAGAACUGUACGAUCGUCUUCCCAACACGGACCACUAUUUAACUAUCAUUGCAAGACAUAUCGAAUGUGAUGAUCUGAAUUCGAUUGCCCCGUCGGUGGCUCAGAUUCUGUGUGAUUAUCUCUGGCAGAAGGGACACAUCGCACGGCUCGAAGAUCUUAUACUGAAGUUGGACUGGCAGUGUCUGGAUUUGCACCAGGUGCUGACGAUUUCCAGGAAGGAAAAGCUCUACCGAGCCCAGAUGUAUCUGAACACGAAGGCAUUGGGCGAUUACACGGUUUCAUUGACGGAUUUGAUCCCCCUCAUCUGUGGCGGCAGUGACAAUAAUACCCACCUAGGGAACUGUCUUCUAGUGUAUAUAUCAAGUUGCCUCGCUGGUCGGGGCUAUCCUUCGGGAGACAUCGCUCUGGAAAUGAUUGCCACCGUUAAGCACGAAGUUUUGCGCUGUCUAACAGUUACCCACUCGAAGCAGGCACCCGAAGGCGAGCUUCCGUAUCCGUAUCUGCGAACGCUGCUCGAGUUCGACACGAGGGAAACAUUGAACGUGGUGUCGCUUGCCUUCCAGGAGAAAGAAUUCAACGGCGAACUGGGACUGUCGCAGAGACAACGAAUAAUCAACAUACUGUUGGAGAUCCUUACUCCGGAGAAUGCCAGUUGGUCGCAGGUGGGAUGCUUGUUGCAUUUUAUUGCCCAGCAGAUUUCCUCCCGUCAGCUUCCGGAAAACGAUUUGCUGAUCGAAAGGAUUAUAAAUUAUCUGACGAGGCAAAGCGAAGAGCUGGCGACAUCGGACGUAUCGCUGAGAGAACAUUCCGAGCGGGAACAGACCUGGCUAGAGCUGCUGCGUUCCAACUGCCUUAAUCACAUUCCGAGUGAGGAACUGCUGAAGGUUUCCCGCCAAAGCCGGUGCUAUCGGGUAACGGAAUUUAUUCUAGAACAGCUUGGACGAUACGAAGAAUGUUUUGAAUGUUACCUUCUAGAUGAUUUCCGACACGUAGAAUUGUUUAGCUAUAUUACACAGUACUCGGAUGACGAACGGAGACAGGUUUUCCCGCUGCUUCUGGAGAACUUUGAGCGCAUUUUAGAGAUCAACUGCGAGCAAACGACACGGAUAGUGACGGAUCAUUUUAUGCGCCACAUGAACCAAUUUCUCGCACAGUUAGAGAGCUCACCGGAAGUGCUGUUCAUCUUCUUGCGGCAACUGUUGAAGCAGUCCGUCCAAUUGGAAACACGCGAUUGUGAGAAAUAUCUUGAGCUUCUUUGCCAUUAUCAACCGGAGGACGUUAUCGAAUUCCUCAAAUCGAACGACUCGUAUCGUUUGGAUUUUGCUCUCGUCACCGUAAAAGAGCACGGGAUGAGCGCUGCUCUGAUCUAUCUAUACGAGAAGCAAGGAGACUUCCAAUCAGCCUUUAUCGUUGCGGUGGACGCAUUGAAUGAUGCACAAGAAAGUGACGCAGAGGUGUGUGCUCUGCAGGUUUCCGGUCUCUGCGCACGUGCCUCCUCGGUACUGUCCGAAGCGGAACGCGAAGAUCUUUGGUUUUCUCUGUUGAAAAUCGUCCUGGCCCGAUCGGAUCUAACCCAAAUCACGAAAAACAUUCUCCACUCAGCAAGCGAAUUUGUUGAUCUGACAAAACUCGUCCAGCUGGUGCUAACGUCCGGCACGAAAACUGGCAAUUUUGGAGACAUCAAGCACGUGCUGAUCGGUAUGCUUUCGAAUUCCGCAUACGAAACCGUUCUCCUGGAAACUACAUCCCGUGUUCUCGGCCAUGAUCUCCACUCGGUGCUCGCCAAGGAGCGACGGGUGGCGCGAAAAGGACUCUGCGUAAAAUCCAUCAAAUGUACCAUCUGCAGAUCGAAGCUGUACAACGUCGCAAAAGAUUCGAUAAUGAUUUUCGGCAACUGUGGCCAUGCACUGCACAAGACAUGUGCCACCCGCUUCUGUACGAUGGCAAUGAGCUCACAGUCGUCGGCUGAACCGGCCACGAACAUAACCAAAUUAAGAUGUCCCCGCUGCGAUACGGUGAUAAGUGAGCAGCGAUCGGUUCAAACGUCCGAUUGUCGAGUGGAACUCGGAUUGACUAGAGCCCGCAGUGAGGAGGGAAGUGAUCCUAGCUUGCUGAAGCUUAGUGCGCCUCCCCGCAUCGGACUGUGAACCAUUCAUUGCCAGUAUCCUUUUUGUUUGCUACGCAGUCAAUCGUCACUACCAAGCGCACCUUCACGGCCCCCGAAUGGUAAGUUCUUUUUCAGAAGUGCCCUAUUUCGUAUUAACUUCAAUAACUUUCGCUCUAAUCGGGUUGCAUAAUAGUUUAGAUUGUUUUAAACUGUCUUUUUCAAUGUAGCAAACCUCAAUUACCAUAGGGUAUUCUGUAAAACGAACCGAAAAGUUGAUUUGACUAAAUAUAAUGUUUAUGAAAUACUACUUUACUGUACAAGUGUCUAUUGAAAAAAACUGUAUACAUAUACUGUUCCAUAUGUAAGUCAUCAAUACUUGUAGCAAUUUUAUUAUAAAGACUAGCCAAAUGUCAAAGAAAAUUAUGAGAACCGUGUAGCAUUAGUUGAAAAAAAAACAAACUGGACAAAUAGAUACUGUCGUCCCCGGA